AUUCGUUCCGAUUGAAAAUGUGUAUGAAUGUCGGUCCAAAGGUCAGUAACGAUAGCCCGCUCGCACAGUCGUUCACAAUCCUGACUCAGUGGGUGUGAGAAAGAUCAGAGGCAAACUGCGAGAUGAAGCAUUUUCUACUUUUUGCCAUUGUCUUUGCUGUAUUUCACCUUGGCAAUUCUGAUAUCCCAGACUUUUGCCACCUAACUGAGGAUGAAGGUGUUGGGAGAAGCUUCAUCAUUUCUUUGUACUACGACGCCAACAAUGACCAGUGCAGCCCGUUCAUAUACAAAGGCCAGGGAGGCAACAGCAAUCGUUUCCUAAAUGAACGGGAGUGCAUGAGGAACUGCUCGACCAAUAUAGCCCGCAUCUACCCCACAGAUGCAAUGGAAAGUUGCCACUUGACGAAGCUCAAUGGUGGAUGUAACGGCAGGUUUCUGAGAUAUUACUAUGAUUCCGUCCAUGGAAAGUGCAAAAAAUUCCUUUGGACAGGCUGCCAUGGAAAUGGAAACCGAUUUUUUGACCAUGACAGCUGCAAUGCCACCUGUGUCGGUAUCUACGAUAACCGAGCGGAAGAAGAGGAGGAUGAGCCAGACACGCCAAUCGCAAUUAUCUGUGGAGUUCUGCUUGCUGUCAUUGUCGCAUCCAUCAUCAUAACCAUCAUUGUCUUGACAGUUCAGUCUAACAAAAAGCAGAAAGCACCGGCAAAAAGUAAAGAUGAAGAGUCUGAAGCUCCUAUCAGGGAGCAGAGUCUUGAAAUGGCAUGACCUACCAAACACCUUGGGGUCUUUUUUGUGUGUGUGUAAGUGUUGAUAGCACGCUUAAGCAUGUGACUCUAACGUUCUGUUUAACACAUGGUACUGAGUAAAGGUUUUGGGCCACCACUGUCUUUGUUGUUUUGACAUUUUUCACAAGUCAUUUUGACAAGAAUCUGUACAUCUUGGAUCUAGAUAAAGUUGCAAAUCUAUUUUCACUAUUUAAGACAAAAUCCCCCCCCCCACCCCGUCAUAAUGGCAGCACGUGUCUGUUCAUCAUUGACAGGUCUGCCCUCUAGUGAGUGACAUUCUAAUUCAACACCUUCACUUUAGCAAG